ACGAGCCCAGACAUAAACAACGCUGAGCUGAGAAUAACAGAGAAGUCUAAGAGCAGGUCUACCACUGAACAUCGCCUACUUUUAUACAGGCUUUUCAUGUAAAGCUGUUUUCAUUUCUGUUAGGAGAUUUUUCUCGUUUGUUACUCUUAAACGUUUUAUUUGAUUUCAAAUCUGUUGCCUUCAAGUGUGAAAAAUGAGUAGCCACGUUGACGUGAAAAACAUUGAACCUACCAGCUUUGAGGACCAAUACUAUGAUGAAUAUGAAUAUUACAACCUAACAGAUCGAUAUACCGAGGGCGCCAGUCGCAAAGGCAGAACGAAGAAGGAGGCGAGCUGCAACACGAACAAACACAACGCCGCGGGACACGAGAGAAAAAUAAUGGUAAAACUCCAGAACGCUGAAAAGAAAAGCAAAGAGUGACACUGAAAAGAUUCAAUCGGACGGCUAUAACUGGCAACCGACCACGGGUGUCCCUUCGAGAAAUGGGCUGUGAGCUUCGGCAGUGACUGGUUCUUGAACCUCAGCCUCAGGGUUCGGAUGAGAUGAGUGGGUUGAGUAAAGCACCUGGGUCCCGGGUAUCACUUUUGUGAGUGGGCUGGGCCAUGCAGGGCUCGCACCUGUUCGCACCUGAACUGAUGUACUUGGGUGAUGGUUAAUACGUUUUAAUGUGUACUCCAUGGCAGAUGUUUUAAAGUUAUUUUAAUAAAGACUUAAUCAAACC